AUCUCGGCAAUUUUCGUAUCCAGGAUCUUGUUUACAAUAGAAAUUUCCCGAACUUUCUUAAUUUUCUAAAGAUAUUUAAAUACCAGUGCAUUGUUGGAUAUUCAUAAAUACAUAACGACAACCAAACUGAAAUAUUUAAAUUCGACUUCAAUGGCUGGAAGGUCAAUGUUUCGACGAUUUGAAGAAGAUCCGUUUUUUGCGGAUCACCGAGACCAGAUGCGUGGAAUGCAGGGUAUGUUUCAGAACCCCUUCCAAGGUAUGGGGAUGUUAGAAGAUGCUCAGGGUCGAGACAGACGGGGAAGAGAGAGGGGAUCCUCAAAUCAGCUGUCACCAUUAGGAGACUUUGGCUUUGGAAAUAUCUUUGGCAACAUGCCCAAUAUGAUGAUGAAUAUGGAUAAAGCAUUUGAGGAGGCCAGUCAGCGUGCUAGUUCCGGAGAAAAUGGAGCUUCAUUUCAGCAAGCUUCUUUCAUGUCAUACAAUAAUACAGGAGGAGGGCCUCCAAAAAUCUUCCAGGCCUCAACAGCAACCAGAUCUGGCCCUGGUGGGGUGCGUGAAAGUCGUAAAGCAGUUCGUGACUCAGAGCGGGAACUGGAAAAGAUGUCUAUUGGUCAUCACAUAUACGACAGAGGUCAUGAAGUUGAGAAACAUCGCAACACAAGGUCAGGACAGGUGGACGAGUUGCAGAAUUACCACAACUUAGAUGAACGUAAAGCUGAGGAAUUUGACAGAGAAUGGCAGGAAAAGUCAAGAACAGCAUUCCGAGGAUUAGACUAUGGAGCGAACAGACGGACAGACAGACGAGAGCUCAAAGGCAGGCAAGAUGAACGGGAUCGACACCGAAGGGACGGCCGACAUGAGAGGAGAAGGGACGAACAGCUUGCCUUGCCCGCCCCUGAAAAUGAUCAGGGCAGGAGAUCAGAACACUGGGGACGCACAGCAGAGAGGCGGGAUAGAAGUUAAACAGACACCAAAAAACAAUUACAGAAGAGGAGGAAAAUAUCUGAAAAACAGAAAUAGACUGUUGGAGUUUCAGACUGUUAUUUAUACACCAUUCUGGAAACAUUCCUUCACAUUGUGAUACUUUGUACAUAGCUUUUGUGUAUUCAAUAUGUUGUUUAACAGAAUAGUUUUGGUUUGUCUACUUACAAACAUUAAACAGAAUGACAUUUAUUUGUUUUAUACAAUUAGCUGCUAAGUUUGACAUGAUUAACAAAUGUCAUCUACAGUAUUACAUUAAUUAGUCAUUUAUUUUACCUUGUAUAUAUGUGUGUGGAAAUUCUCUACAUACUUGUGAUUUGUGCCCUCUACUAUUGUGGUGGAUUUGUGCCAUACCAGGGUCCCUAGGAUGUUUGGAGAAUAUUUAUUUUGCGUUUAUAAUACUGUGUUGACCAUUCAAUGAGCCCCAAUAUUUUUGGAGAAUAUAUAAUAAAUCUUAUUUCCCCAGAAUAUGGAGGAUUAUGCUCUGCUUGUAUGUCUUGAUUUCCAGUUUGAAAAAAAUCAUAAGUCCCACUUUGCCAUAGUAUUGUCCAUUGGUAGUGUUGAAGUUUUAGUUUUUUUUAGCCCCACUUUCAGCCAUAUUAUUUUCCAUUGACACUGGAUAAAUUCAAAAGAAUUCACGUCCCACUUUCAGCCAUAUUAUUGUCCAUUGACACUGGUUAAAUUGAAGAUAGUUAUAGUUCCACUUUCAGCCAUAAUAUUGUCCAUUGACACUGGUUAAUUUCAAGAGAAUUCAAGUCCCACUUUCAGCCAUAAUACUGUCCAUUGACACUGGUUAAAUUCAAGAUGGUUAUAGUCCCACUUUCAGCCAUAAUAUUGUCCAUUGACACUGGUUAAUUUCAAGAGAAUUCAAGUCCCAUUUUCAGCCAUAAUAUUGUCCAUUGACACUGGUUAAAUUCAAUAGAAUUUAAGUCCCAUUUUCAGCCAUAAUAUUGUCCAUUGACACUGGUUAUUUUUAAGAGAAUUCAAGUCCCACUUUCAGCCAUAAUAUUGUCCAUUGACACUGGUUAAAUUCAAUAGAAUUUAAGUCCCAUUUUCAGCCAUAAUAUUUUCCAUAGACACUGCUUAAAUUCAAUAGAAUUUAAGUCCCAUUUUCAGCCAUAAUAUUUUCCAUAGACACUGCUUAAAUUCAAUAGAACUUAUGUGCUUUAUGUGCUGCAUGUUGGACUUGAAAACCUGCUGGUUACCAUUUUAAAAACUUUAAUUGCACUUGUUUUAUAGAAUGAAACCUUAAAAAUGUAAAAGCAAAAAGGCCGUAUUAUCCACCUGAUUCAUUGUUAAGUAUGUCAGGUUGUUUUUGGAAUUACCCUCAUAGACAAGAUAUCCAUUUUAGGAAUUGUGAUCGAAUGUUGUGGUGAUUUUUACAAUAAAUGUCGAGCAUAUUCA